CUAUGAGAAUGACAGUUUAGAAUUUGCGCCUUUGUUCGGCGGUUGUAAACAGUGGCAUACAUGGACCUGCCAGCUGAAAAGGCUUAUUGUUCCGAUCGUUCUCCUGUGUCUAUCUAGUAGUCUGGCAGCACUGAGAGUGUCAAACAAGCUUAUACGACUCUGGUUGGAAUUAAAUCUGAGAGAUACAAUGCUACGGUUUGUUGUGGUUGCAGUGUUGAUACAUGUGCUGUUUCUACUUUCAAUUUUUUACAUUUAUUUCCAAUCACCGAUUCUACACGAUCUUCCAAUAGGAACGGAUCACGGCAAUGCACCGGCUGAUAGGGUUGUAGUAUUUAUAGCUGAUGGAUUGAGAGCUGAAUCAUUUCUUCAACAUGGAGCAAAUCGAACUACAUAUUUGCAAGAAGUAAUCGUUUCGAAAGGUGCAUUCGGAAUAUCGAACACUCGUGUUCCAACAGAAUCCAGGCCAGGACAUGUGGCGCUUUUUGCAGGCCUUUAUGAAGAUCCAAGCGCAAUAUUUAAAGGCUGGAAAGAGAACCCUGUUGAAUUUGAUUCCGUUUUUAAUCGCAGCCAAGCAACUUAUAGUUGGGGAAGUCCCGACAUUUUAUCGAUCUUUUCAAAUAAAAUGGACCCUGGCAAAAUUUUUGCAGACAGUUAUUCAGCUGAAGUAGAGCAAUUUUCUACGACAUCAAAUACAAGUGUACUGGAUUUGUGGGUAUUUGAUAAGGUGAAACUUUUUUUGGAAAAUGCGGAAAAUGUCAAAGCUAUAUCAUCGAAGAAAAAAGUGAUACUUUUCUUGCAUUUAUUAGGAAUGGAUACAUCUGGUCAUGUGCACAAACCGUAUUCAAGUCUUUUUACAGAGAAUCUUAUUGUCGUCGAUCGUGGUAUCAAACAGAUUGUUCAACUGAUAGAUCGAGUAACGAAUAAUGAUCAAAAAACUGCGUAUGUAUUCACGUCCGAUCACGGAAUGACGGAUAAAGGAUCACAUGGAUCUGGUCAUCCUGUGGAAACCGAAACACCAUUCGUUGCUUGGGGAGCUGGCGUUCAGCAUUGGAAAGAUACCUGGGUGGAAAACUCGGUAAAAAACGCAAUCAUAGAUGGAGUAAUAGUACCAAGAUGGGAUAUGAAUCAAGCUGAUGUGGCUCCAUUGAUAUCCGCUCUUUUAGGCAUGGCUGUCCCGAAGAACAGUUGUGGUAAACUUCCUCGACAGUAUUUAAAUGCUACAGAUAUCUACGUUGUGGAUUUCAUGCGGACCAACGCAGAGCAGCUUUACCAGCAGUAUUAUAGAUAUAGACAUCAAUCUAGUGCAAAAGUAUUUCAAUGGAAUGUUUCUCAAAAGGAGUCUGACUACGUUAAAAUGAUAAGCAAACUUAAAAAUGACAUAGAAUUGGUAUAUCGUGCAAAAAACUAUAAUCAAGUGAUAACGUUGUGUGAUGUUCUUAUGGAUCUAACAUUAGAGGCGAUAGAAUUUUAUCAAACGUAUUAUAAGCACGAAUUGCUGUUCACGUUGACUAUCGCGAUGGCUGGUUGGAUGUUGAUAGUAUUGGGCAAGAUAUUUGUCUUCGAAGAAGCCCUGUCUAGAAUCAACUGGAAACUCAUUUGUGGUGGUGUUUUUGUUGCUGCGGUAAUAAUUGGAUACAAUAUUUUACAAAAUACUCCAAAAACAGUUACAUUUUAUUUUGUGCUACCAGUAUUUCUCUGGGUUCCUGUACUGUCUUCAUUGAAAGCAUACUUAAAAGUAGUCAAUAUAAAUGUAAUAUGGCAAUCUGUGAUUUUCAUUGGAUGUGCGGAAAUGUGUGUGUUGGCAUUUUUUCAACGUAGCGUACUCAGUUUGUUUUUGGUUGGCAAUACACUGUAUUUAGUUUAUCAUCUAAAACGGCGUCCCGGGAGCAGUUCUGUUUUCCUGUUAAUGUCGACCAAUAUUGCUUUGGCUAUUUUUCCAAUUUUGCCAGUCGUUGAAAAAGAUUCAAAUCAUCCAUGGUUACUAGUAUCCGGUGUUUUGUUAUGGUGUAUCGCUAAUGUAUUCGUUUUGAUGAAGUCCACGGAGAAUAAUAUAUAUCGAAAUAUGCAGAGUGUUAUAUGUCUAGUCCUUACUGUUAAUUUGCUUAUAUCAAUCUACAUGAUAGAACAUGGAAUCAGCAUGUGCUGGUUAAAUUAUGUAUCGUCGUGGAUAUGCUUUGUUUUAUCUUUCAUAAUGCCGUUUUUUACUUCGACUUCAAUUGCGAUUCGGCUUACAGCCAUUGUUGUUAGCUAUGCCGCUCCUUAUAUAAUGCUGUCCCUGUCGUACGAGCCAUUAUUUUUAUUUGCGUUUUCUACAAGUAUGUUCAGUUGGUUACAAGCUGAAAAUGACAUUGCUUGUUCUAAUCAAAAGAUAUCGAAGCUUUUCUUUUCGUAUAAAGCAAAGCAUAACAAAAUGGUAGAUUUUGGAGACUUCCGACGUUUAUUAACAUUUGUAUUUUACAUCCUUGUUUCAUUUUUCGGAACUGGGAAUAUGGCCACCGUUAGUUCAUUUGAUCCAAAUUGGGUGCGACUGCUUGUUUCAACAUUUUCUCCUUUUCUAAUGACCUCCCUCAUCGUACUUAAGCUGCUGAUUCCGAUACUAGUGUCCGUCUGUAUUCUGAAGUCCCUGCAUAUUAUUACAAAGGUCAAAGCACAGACGCUUUUCCUAUUGAUAUUCAUAAUCUGCGACUUAAUGUGCCUGCAUUUCUUCUACUUAAUCAAAAACAAAGGUUCGUGGCUUGAAAUUGGCUCAUCUAUCUCACACUUUGUUAUCAUGGAGUGUACAACAAUUGUGCUGACCAUUUUAUAUGGCUGUGCAACACUACUGACAGAGUUUUCAUUUGUUAAAGGCGAUUCAAACCAGCAGGGAUACAUUUCCUACGUGUUACCAUAUGAUAGUAAAAAUCAAUAAAGACUGAGUAACGAUUACCAAUGUUGAA